GGACUCACCUAUUCAGCCGUAAAACAAGCCUAAGCCUGUCGCUGUAGCCUGGGGCCACUCACCUCUCUCUCUCUCGCUCUCUCUCGCUGCUGUGAGCCCUCCUACCGGCAUGCGUACAUGCGGAAGUCUCAGUUCCGCUCAGGCAAGCGCUCACUCAGUCCAGAGCUGAGAACCGACAGACUCCUCGUCUCUCUCCCCCUCAUUCGAGCACCGGCAGAUAGCGGCUUCGCAAGGCAAGGUGAAUCAUGAGCUACAGCGUCACCCUGGCUGGUGCAGCUCCAUGGGGCUUCAGGCUGCAAGGAGGGAAGGACUUUGGUGUUCCCCUCACUAUUUCACGGCUGACGGACGGAGGCAAAGCAGUCCGAGCCAAGAUGAGUGUGGGAGACGUCAUUCUGUCCAUAAAUGGCAUCUCCACUGACAGCAUGAAUCACCUCGAGGCCCAGAACAAGAUUAAAGCCUGUGCCGGCAAUCUCAGCCUAACAUUACAGAGAUCAUCAAGUGCUGCAGAUGGAGGUCUGAAGGAUGAACCUCAAGAAAUCAUUAAGCCCGUCCCGAUCACCCACUCGGCCCCCAGCUCCACCUUCACAAAGCCGCCGAGUCAGCCCGCGUACAACAAGACGGCACGGCCGUUCGGGGGCGACCGAGGUGUCGCCUCCAUCCCCUCUGAAUCCUCCGCUUUCACGCCGGCUGCCGCCUCUCAACCGCCACACCCCCCGUUCCCUCUCAAGUCCAGCCUCACAGCGCCAAGCUCUUCCCCCGCUCGCUCCACCAUCAGCUCCCCGUCCUCCGUUUCUUCCUCCUCCUCCUCGUCUAACGCCUCCUCGCCAGCCAGAGUGACAGCCCCCUCCUCCCAUGCCACUGUCCCGCAGUCGUCCGUCUAUAACACCCCCAUCAACCUCUACUCCAACGUCAACGCUGUGGAAGUGGCCAUGGGGCAGAGGCGAGGCCUUCUGGAGAGCCAAGGUCUGGCAGAGCAUUCUAACGGGAAGGACUUUGAGUUGGUUCAUGCGACUGCCCUGAGUGAGGCCAGCAAGAAGAGACUAAUGGAGGACACGGAGGACUGGCAACCAAGGACCGGUACCUCUCAGUCGCGCUCCUUCAAGAUCCUGGCCCAGCUCACCGGCACGGAAAAUGAGGAAGGUCCUGACAACAAUGGAAAGAACAAUGCCGUGGAUAAAACCUCUCCCAGCGUGCACACCAUGCCUGCAGACAAAUCCUAUUCCAAAGCUACGCCUCCUCGGAACGGCAACGUCGUGGCCCCCUCCGCAUUCAAGAGCCCCGCGGCCCAGAACAAGCCCCCCUUCCAGCUCAAGGGUCUAACAAGCACUGCAGGCUUCCCUAAAGGAGGUGCUGCUCCUUCGUUUGGCAAGGUUACCAACCUUUCUCUUAAAGGCCCGGAUCGACCGGUCCCUCAACCACAUCCUGAGGACCUCAACACCCUGGUGCAGCGAGCCGAGCACAUCCCGGCCGGGACACGCACCCCCAUGUGCAACAAGUGCAAUAAAGUCAUCAGGGGUCCCUUCCUGGUGGCCAUGGGCAUGUCCUGGCACCCCGAGGAAUUUGACUGCGCCCACUGCCACGCCUCCCUGGUGGACCGUGGAUUUGUGGAGGAGAAGGGCAAGGUGCACUGCGAGAACUGCUACGAGCAGUUCUUCGCUCCCACUUGCGCCCUCUGCCAGCAGAAGAUACUGGGGGAGAUCAUAAACGCGCUGAAGCAGACCUGGCACGUGUCAUGUUUCGUGUGCGUGGCUUGUCAGAAGCCGAUCAGGGGCAACACCUUCCACAUGGAGGACGGACAGCCGUACUGUGAAAUGGACUACUACAAACUGUUUGGCGCAAACUGUCAUGGCUGCGACUUCCCCAUCGAGGCAGGAGACAAGUUCUUGGAUGCUCUAGGAUUCACCUGGCAUGACACCUGCUUUGUCUGCACGGUGUGCACCGCCAAUCUGGAAGGACAACCCUUCUUUUCCAAGAAAGACAAGCCUUUGUGCAAGAAACACGCCAACGCUGUCAACAUUUGACCCACUCCCACACCACUCAAUGACCCACUCCCACACCUCUCAAUACAACAAACUAAAUCCUAUCAACAAUAUAUAUUCAUAACAUGCUGAAUAUUGAAAUGUACUUUACUUAUAUAAUGUGUGUGUGUGUUUUUGUUGAAUAAUAACGGGUCCAUUUUUUUUUUUUUUUUUUUUUUUUGCCAUUUCCCCCUAAAGUGCAAUUUUGUGGUAGUUUUUUACAGUAACUCCAGCAGAACUUGGAAAAAAAACACAUUGAUUUGGAUUUCAGCGCUAUUGUGUUUAAAAAUCUGUAAAAACAAGUGGGAGCAAACAUACACACAGCAGAUAUUUAUAAUAAUACCUGGUAUUAUUCCUAUUGUAAUAUACGUAUUCUUAUUUUAAUCAAUUAGUAAUUAGUAUUGCAGCGUCACUCCCCCACCUGUUAUUAAUUAGAAUAUGUCAAAAGUCAACAAUGUCACAAUCACAACUUAUCUUCUUCUACUGUACUCUUUUCCUAUGGAUUUGCUCUUUCUGACGAUGAUGGUUUGUUAUAAUAACAUAAAAAGUUCUAAUAUAUUCUGCCAGAAGCUGCCAUUUUUUUUAUGCGCCUUCCACAUUUGUAUUUUUUAUCCGUUUUUUUCCUUAUUGUGUUCAAAUGAAAGCGACUCAUAAAAAAAAAAAAAAAAGAUAAAAAUGGACUCGAAAUGAUUGAAACCUCAAAGAUGUCCUCUUGAAAUGAACACAUUUUUUCCUAACAUGAACUAAUGCAAUAUCUGACAUAAAGGACAUUUUUGUCCACUCUUUGGUCCUGAGGAUAUUGUGUGAGUGGUUUUGUUUUGAGAAAAAUAUAUUUGUGUUUAAUAUUUGUUAAAGCAGUU